AUGAGCGACUAUAAUGUACAUGUAGAUGUCGCUAUAAAUGAUAUUAAGAUUGUGAAGAAAUCGUAUACCCUGUACCGUGUGGACCUUAAGAUUAUUAGGGGUAAUAAAGAAGUAGGGCAGUACCACGUUUUUAAGAGGUUUUCUGACUUUAUCAAACUAAAGCAAAACUUAGAGCACGAAAUUCACUCAGAACUUCCUUAUGAGCUUCCACCUCGUCGCUACAAUAUAUGGGGGAAACCCUCGGGGUCCUGCGAUCCAGAUAUAAUAGAAGAGCGGAAGAAAGAAUUAGUUACCUUUCUGCAUGAUAUGUUGAAUGACUCGUUUGACACCAGGUGGAAAAAUUCACCGUAUCUUAUAGAAUUUCUCCAGUUUCCAAGUGAUUGGGAUAAGUCGAGUAAGUUAAAUGCUUAUGAUUUACCGAGCGGAACUACUGCUGGGACAGGAAAUUCGAUCGUUGAUGCUCAGAAGUGGUUAGAAGAGUUGAGAAACUGCAAAAGUCAACUUGAAGAGGCCAGAAAAGAUGAUUAUUCGACUAAGCUACUAAUCCAACUUCGAUUGAGAAUUCAAAUACUGGAUAAAAGCCUGAAAGAAAUCAAGGAGAGGCAGUUAGUGGGAGAGGGUGAGGUUCAAAGAAGGCGGAAUCUAUUGAACGCCCUGAAAGAUGAUUUGAACAAGUCCUCAAAAGGCCCUAGCAGUGAUUGGAACGAUACGAAAGGGGACGAAAUAGGAUCAAAGGGACCCCUGUUUGGAGCAUCAGAACGCAGUCCACAAAGGCCCCUUGUUGGUAGAAGAAAAAUUGGUGAAACUGAGGCAACAAUUGGGCUUCAAAAUCAAGAGUUACUACAGCUUGAUAGAAGCACCAUGAAAAAUCAAGAUAAACAGUUGGAGGAGCUGCGAAAUAUUAUACGAAGCCAGAAGAACAUGUCUCUUGAAAUGAAUGAUGAGCUUGCUGCCCAGAACGAACUCCUCGAUAUGCUUAGUGGGGACGUGGAGACUACCGCUACGAAAUUGCGUACUGCUAAUCGGAGAGCAAAAAAGUUCAACGACGGUUAA